UUUAAACAAGAGAUCGAACGUGAGACAGUGUUGUGCGUAUCAUUGUAAGUUUUUUUGCGAAGAAAAGAGUGAUAAAGAUAUUAUUUCAAGAACAGGGCGCCUAAAAGUCAGGAUACGAACCUGAUCCAUCUCAAGCGCGGUGAGCCGCCGCGCUGGUGGGCCUAGCAGACGACAUGUUGGCUGCAGGGAGUACCUCGUCUCGGAUGUUUUGGUCGCGAAUUUCCUCGGGGAUUCUUGAGUGAGGAGAGUGAGCGAACGCGGUGAAAGUAAGGUGAAAAGAAAAUAAGACCACUCGAGGGUGUGUGCGAGAGAGGGCACACGGUUGGGUUCCCCGAGUGGUGGUUGUGCCGCGGUCGUCGACAAGAAGCUCGUGGAGAGGGGUAGAGACUAACGAGCGGCGGGGAGGGGGAACCCGGACGAGCCCUCGAAAAAUUGAGGAGUCAACGAAACGAAAAUUAGAAAAAGAAGAAAAAUUUCGAAAAUCUUUGGUGCGUAAAGAUUUUUUUUGUGAAUCUAAGAACUUAGAAAAAUUGUCGGGACCGGAAUACGAAAAAGUUCAUGCGACUUAAAGAAAAUCGGUGCAAACUACUCAAUCGCAUAAAUCAUCUUCCUUAUUUAUGGGAGUUGUCGAUUCCACGACUUUCUUCAAUUUGCUCGAAUAAAGAGGUAGUAGCGCACCGGAGUCGAUCUAUUUUAACUUCUCGUUGUUCUGUCCGAAGGGUAGGGGCUGUGUGGUGAAGCGAGGCGAGGUCGAGCUGUCGUAUACACGCGUACGAGUCCCUUCCUUCUGAAACGAUUUCGCGUGUGCCUCGUGUUCGCGGGCCAUCACAGGAGGCGCAUCAGACAGUGCACGUCAACCUAUUAUCCCAGUCCCGGUCUUGCUCCCACUCUCGAGUAUUCAUCGUGCCUCGUGUGUACUCCCUCUAUCACAACCUGCAGCGAGUAUUUCGCGGCCGGUUUUUCGUCAGUGUCAAAUCGAAAAUUCGGAAGUGAUUCGAUUUCUUCUAUAUUAUCAUUAUUUUCUCAUCGUAUCAACAAGCAUUUAAUCGUGUUCAGUGUCAUUACGCGAUUCGCUUAUUUUCGUUUGAGUGGAUUUAUUAUCGAGCCAGGUGUUACGACCCAUAAACGUCGCUUCCCCACGACAGAUUGCCCUCCUAGAAACUCCAAUAUUGUAUAUUUAUAUUCUUUAUAUUCUGUAUAUUCAUAUUCGGCACGCACAAGAUAUCGAAGUUAGUGUGUUGGACCAGCAGCACUGUCGUCGAUCGUGUAUAGCUAUGAUUUCGCGGGUAGUGCGAAAUAGUGAAAGAAAAGCUGUGAAGUGAAUCGAGUGUAGUGCAAUUGAGAAGACAUCAAGACAUACAGAUGCGUAGUUGUUAUUAGUGUAAAAAACGGAGAUAGUAAAGGGGCGACAAUCAGAAAAGGAGAAAGAUUAGCACAUAAGAGAAGGAGAACGAAAGAGAGAAGCAUUAAGGAAGAGGAAAGGAAAAAGAGUGAUUAAAGAAGAGAAAGAGAGAGAGAGAAAGAGAGUUUGAUAGAAGGAUAAAACUUGAGUGUGGAGAAGUACAACACGGUGAUAGAUAAGUAUCGAGUGACAGACACGGCCGGAACGAAGAAACGAACUUAUAGUAGGUAUACGUCAAAAGGAAGUGAAUCUCUACGAAUUGCGGUGACAGAGAAUAUAUUUAUCGAACAUCACAUUCACACGAGAUAAACAACACGCGUUGACGAUAGACUCGUUACGCGAGUCUAUUCUCUCUUAUUCGGAAGUAAUAUAGUGGUGAGAUUGUCUUUCUCCAAACUGAAACAGAGAACAACAGAAGUGGAAGGGAAGAGCGAAGAGGGUGAGCCGCGCGUGUCUCUCUCGUGGUGUGUCAUGGGGUGUUUCGGCAGCCAGAGCAGUAAGGCCAGCCAGGAUGACAGCAAGAACCAGAAGAGGCGCUCGGAUGCCAUUACCAGGCAAUUGCAAAAGGAUAAGCAACUUUACCGAGCUACUCACAGACUUCUUUUGCUUGGAGCGGGAGAGUCUGGGAAGAGUACCAUCGUCAAACAGAUGAGGAUAUUGCACGUGGAUGGUUUCAGCGAAGCGGAAAAGCGGCAAAAAAUCGAGGACAUCAAAAAGAACAUCAGAGACGCGAUACUGACGAUAACCGGCGCGAUGAGCACGUUGACGCCACCCGUUGCUUUGGAGGAUCCGGCGAAUCAGAGCAAAGUCGACUAUAUCCAGGAAGUCUCAAACUCCCCGGACUUCGAUUAUCCCCCGGAGUUCUACGAUAUCGUCGAAGCCCUUUGGAAGGACCGAGGUGUUCAACAGAGUUUCGAAAGGAGUAACGAGUACCAACUAAUUGACUGCGCUAAAUAUUUUCUAGAUAAGGUAGCCAUUGUUAAACAACCGGAUUACACCCCCACAGAACAGGACAUCCUCAGGUGUCGAGUCCUCACGUCCGGUAUCUUCGAAACACGGUUUCAAGUCGACAAAGUAAACUUUCAUAUGUUCGACGUUGGUGGUCAACGUGAUGAGAGGAGAAAGUGGAUACAGUGUUUUAACGAUGUAACGGCAAUCAUAUUUGUAACAGCAUGUAGUAGUUAUAACAUGGUACUCAGGGAGGAUCCGACAAAAUUGAGACUCAGAGAAAGUUUGGAUCUCUUCAAAAGCAUUUGGAACAAUCGGUGGCUUCGCACAAUUUCCGUAAUUUUAUUCUUAAACAAACAAGAUCUAUUAGCGGAAAAGAUAAAAGCAGGAAAGCACAAAUUAGAAGAUUAUUUUCCAGAUUUUGCGAGAUAUCAGACACCGGUUGAUGCUGGGGUGGUAGUAGAUCCUUCGGAACCUCCUGACGUUAUGAGGGCCAAGUACUUCAUUAGAGACGAAUUUCUUCGUAUAAGCACAGCGAGCGGCGACGGCAAGCACUAUUGUUAUCCGCACUUUACAUGUGCCGUCGAUACGGAGAACAUCAAGAGAGUGUUUAACGAUUGUCGGGACAUCAUUCAACGGAUGCACUUGCGCCAGUACGAGCUCUUGUGACUUCGUUCCUGCCAACAUGUCCUGUCAUCUAUUCGUAUAAAAAUUACGGUAGUGAUCCAUCUUGAGCUAACGCGAGUCAAAUGAAUCGUACCGUGGGCGAUCUGAAUAAUAUCGCGAUGUACGACGAUAUAAUAUAACAUUGGUGCGUGGAACUCUUCUUCGCUUAUCUGAAGCCGUUUAAUUAUUCAGAAAGUAAUGCGUCGAAGACUCCGCGUGCAUGCAUACAUGAUUGAUGACUGCGAGUCGAUCAUUCUUCUUCGACAGAGAGUUCAAGGAGAAAAGUUGAUACGCGGUGGUUGGGGAUUACCUAAAGAAAAUCUGUCUCGCAAUGGAGAGAAUAGUUCUCUUUUUUUGCACAGAAUCGCUUACUAUGUCAUUGGUGUACAAGCAAAUUAUGCCCUAUGCGCAUUCUACUCUAACGAUCGUUUUGACAGAAAAAAAAAAAAAGAAAAAAAAGAAAAAAUAUCUUGGGCAUUUCGAUUACUCGACUCCUUUUUUUAGGUUCCGUCGAGAGUGUGCUGAACGUCCUGAAUGGGGGGGGGAAAUAAUAUUCUUUGGUAGAAAAAACUCGUGCAAUUUUAACUAUUACCUCGUUAAUUUUAUUCUUAUUACGCAUCAAUUUGUUGAUAAGAGUGUGAGAAAAAGAGAGAGAGUCUGGAAGAGAGCGAGGAUGUACGAAUGUUUCAACGUGGGCCAUUGUUACAAACUAACAUGACGGCGAUCGCCUGGCUCCUUCGUCCGGCACACUCGUCGCGUUAUUAUCUCGUUCAGAUUUAGUAUUAAGAAUGUCUCCUUAAGAUUUAGAUGAUUUCUCCGAUAAAAAAAAUCCUUGAUUGAACGUUGAACGUUUCUUUACUCAUUUUUCGAAUCUCUAUUUUUUCCCCUUAAAACGAAUUUAAUUAUAUCUAUCUCCAUACUGUUUAUUGGUAAAUUAAUUUUUUCGAAUUUUCGAAUCUCGAUUUUUAAUCACAUUGGCCCGACCCGUAGGAGUCUCAGCCGCACGUCUUUUUACAAGAAGAGUAUUUUGUGAGAUUUUACAGUAUUUCGAAGAGCGUUUUAAUUAUAUAACAUAUGUAUCAAAUAUGUACAGGGUGACCGUCCACGGAUUCAUGUUUUUAUGUACGUUUCCUAUGAAUCGAGAUUCCUCAUUGAUAUCGUUUUUACUGAUUUUCAUUGAACUAUUUUAAUUCGUGUACUUAGGCACAUAAAUAUUGUCAUUGUAGCUAGUGUCUACAUGUAAAUCCUAAACGUACGCAAGAGAAAUGUGCCACGUGGGAAAUUCGUUUUACACGUACACUUCUGACUAUAGUGUUAGGCUCCAACUUUACAACAAUCAAAGUACAUUAUUAUAAACGUUAUAACAUACGGAGAUAAUAAUAUUUUGCUUUAUUUAUUCGAUUUCGUAACAUAAUGUCUCGUGUCUCAUUUUUCGAGUAUUAAAUGCUUUGUAUCCUGAGAGUAUGCAAUGGUAAACGUGUACAAAUUUCGAUCGGUGCAUACAAAUAAUCAAUUAUCAUCCGAACUUCUUAGGGUAAAGUUUUCUGAACCAAAGUGCGAUGUGUGAAUUUCUUAUCUCACGUAUCUGUACUAUUUGGACACCCUGUAUAUGGUAAAUCUCCUAUUAUUUUCUUUUAAAUCUCGAUUGUAUUUUUUUCUUUCGUUGUACUUUUUUUUUUCUUUUUUGUUUUUUUUUUUUUUUUUUUUUUUUUUUUUUUUUUUUUUUUUUUUUUUUUUUUUUUUCUUCUCUCUUCUCAAUUUCAUACCAGAAUCCAGAGGACGAGAGGGAUUUGUACGCGUGUGCGAACUGCUUCGAAACUACGCGCAUUGCGGUUAUAUCUCGCACGUGCGUACACGUGCGCAUUCUAUUAUAAUUAUAUAAAUUGAUAAAUUGAUAUACAUAUUAAUAACAGGGAAAAAAGGGGAAAAGAAAAUAUUCAUCUCGAAUUGCAAUGCGCUUUUUUUUUCGUGGCAGCACGUUCGCUCGUAUAUUUACAUACUCGUACCCCUACAUUAAAAACCGGGUUACUGAUCUGUGUAACAUCUACUUUUAUAAUAGAUAACAAGAGUUUAACGUCAAAUUAAACUGAAUAAAAUAAGGAUACGAAUAAGCCACGUUCCGAAGGUUUAUAUAACACGUCGUAAAUAUAUUAGGGCAUCCGGUCUUACUAUCCUUAUUAUUGUCUUUUUUUUUCUCUUUUUUUUUACACAUUUUUCUUAUUACAUUCAAUCAUGUUUAUUCCUUUUCUUUUUAUUUAUUUGUCACGAUUAAUUAUUUCUUCGUAAAAGAAAUAAGAAGAAAAUUGUUCAUGAAGAAAUAUUUCUCAAAGGAGAAUGUUUUCCAUUUUUAGUUUUUAUAACGUAUCUAGUUUAUUUUUGUAUCGAUAUGUAUCGGUUGUUUAAAAAGUGUUUUUAUCCACAAAUAUGGAUAACCAGAUUGAUUUCAAUCUAUCUCAAUAAUGUUCCGUCUAAUCAUGUUUAACAUUGUGGCCGUUGAAACGAUGAGGAUAGAAAUUCCGGACAUUGCAUAAAUGGUUACUCCGUACAUGCUAACGAGCCCACACCCUCAUAAAUGUAUUCUCAUGUAAUAUCAAUGUAUGGGCCCGUGUGCAUACAUAUAUAUGUAUACCUAUCGUACUAAACAUAACUGACAAGCCAUAGUUUGUAACGGUAUUUAUAACUUUACGAAGUGUUAUUUUUACUGUAAAACUUGAUGACAGAUGUAAGAGUGAAAGCAAGGAUGCAAAGGAGUGAAAGACAGUGAGCCUGUGCUGCGAGUAUACAUAUAUAUAUACAUAUAUAUAUAUAUAUAAAAUAUUACCUGUCGAUGAAACUUCCGUGAAACUUUAAUGUUCAUCCAGCACAAAGAAAUAUGAACCAUCAUUUUGUGUAUGUCAGCGCAUGAACGAGUAUUGUGUAAUUGUAGUAUUGUUGCGAGUAUUUGUAGGUCUUGUGUCUCGUUAUAAUUUUUUUUUCUUUUAUUUUUUUUUUUUUUUUAACCGAGAAACACGUUCGUUCCAAUUCUGAAUGCUUUAUCCAAUGAUAUCGGACAACAAAAGAAUAAAAAUAAAAAUUACGUAAAAACGUACUGGACUCAAAAAAAAAAUAAAAAAGUAUUCCUUCGAACGAUUGACCGUUUUCGCGUCGGCCGCGAUGCAAUAAGGAUAAAUGCAGAAGUAAAAGAAAAUACUUGCUACUAAUCACUUGUUGAAUGUAAAUGAAAUUCGUAAAUGUAAUUAUAAUCGACUAUUGUGUGCGCGUACACAAGCGAGAAACAAAGCGGAUACCGAAUUAAUAAAAUAAUUAAUAAAAUAUUACGUGGCCACGAUUAUAUCGAUAUAUACAUAUACAUACAUUCAUUAUAUAUACGUACAUAUAUAUAUUGUAUACAUACGCCGAUCGCACAAGUUUUUUUUUUUUUCUUUUCCGUUUAUUGUACGUACAAUGUAUCAGGCAUGUGAAUAUGUACAUGUAAAAAUAAGCGGUGCAAGUAAUUAUUAUUUGUAAAUACAAUAAUAGCAGAUACAGAUAUAAAGCAAUGACGCAUCGAUAAUAAUUUGACAAACACUGAUUCAAAACUGUGCGUUUGGUUUAUGAAUGGUACUAUUCGCUAAAUAAUGUCCCUAUAAACAUUACGUUUUACGUUGGCGAUUUUGUAAAUUGCAUAACGCCGCUUAAAAAAAAUGUAUCGUGCAUUUAAGUCUUUUUUGAUAGUGAUUGCGAUCAUUUUUCUUAUUUUAAGAUAAAGAAAAAAAAUUUUUCUUUCUUAUCCUCCUCGAUUGCUGCAACAAAAUCAAAAACGGCCCAUUUCGCAUUUUGUACAAAAACGAACCACCCCCUAUUUCUUCUUUCCUCGCGAUACGACGCCCCCCUCCCCCUUCUCCCCCGUGCAAGUCGGAAAUCGUCGAUGAAUACGAUGUAACACGUCGUCCACGAAGCGUAUUAGUCCCUUUGUGGACCACGUUGUUGAGAGUAUUGCCUUAAAAAAGCGAAAGUCAAGGUAGACGUGUGCAGUGAGCAUGGUUGAAAUCGUCGUAACGAGAGACAAAUGUAACAUUUGUUGCGAUUAUCGUUGGUGAUAAUGACCAAUGAUCGAAUUCGCGAAAACGAUUUUUCAAGUUUCUUUAAUUGAUUCCAAAGAAUCAGAAUUGAUGGAGAAAUUAAAAAUUCGAAAUUAUGAAUUAUGAAUUCGUUACGCGUUACUAACUAAGCCACGGAACGUCUGCUCGUAGAUAAAUACGCGUUUUAUGCUAUCAUGCUCGCGUUUAUGUUAAGAAUACAGAGUCAUUUAUUGUGAUCGUCUUAUCGUUAUACUGUUACUCGAUAAAAAAUUGUCUUUACACAGUCAGAUUUUAUUAAAGCGAAAGAUGUAGUUAUAGUAUACUAUUAUUAUCAUCAUUAUUAUUGUUAUUAUUAUUAUUAUUAUUAUUAUUAUUAUUAUUAUUAUUAUUAUCAUUAUUAUUAUUAUUAUUAUUAUAUUAUCAUUGCUAUUCUUCAUUCUCAUCCUUCUCAUCCGUCGUCACAUUGUCAUUAUCAUCUUCAUUCUCACCAUCGUUAUUAAUAUUUUAAUCAUUCAUUAUUGUGAUUAGCGAUUACCGUUGUAAUCAUUGUUAAAAGCUAUUUUCGGGAGAAAUUAGAUUCGUCGAUUUAAUCUAGAGCGAUCUAUUUAUUUAAAUGACUACGAUCAACGCAUAUUGAAAACAUUGUAAUUGCUAUAUUCGAAUAUUGUGGUUGUCGUUUCGAAUAAUAGAGAUAUUCGUCUUUCAUACAUCGUAGUUAUUUAUAAAGAAAUAUUUUAUCAUCAAAAAGAGAAAAAAAAAAAAAAAAAAAAAAAGAAUUUCACAUUUCACUUCUAUCGAACAUCGAGCCAGAAACUUGGAUUGUGACUUGGCGCAUAAUUCUAAGACGAUUUAAUGAGAAACGAAGUUUUCAGAAGUCUUAAUGCAAGGCGAAGGUCGACUCGUGAAUGACAUAUAACACAUCUAUGUAUGCACAUGCAUAGAGACUGAAUAAUCGUUCUCAAAGUUAUCAGAAUUAGUAAAUCGAUGACGCAUAUACAAAUGCAUGGAAAGUCAAUAAGUUCAAUCGUUUGAGAUUACGAUUAUCGUGGGAAUAAAUACCGAUGCAUUUUCUACGUGUACAGAGAUGUAAACGUGCUAUUUUUAUUUUUCAUCAAAUUAUUCUCAUCGGAAAAGUGAAAAAGAAGAAUCGGGAAAGCAUCAUUUCGAAUCGAGUAUUCGUUUUAAUUUACUUCAAAUAACAAUAAUAUACAAUAGUAUUUUCAUCAGUUUUUUAUUUUUUAUAAUAUGUUUAAAAGUAAAUGCAGAAUUAAUCACUUGCGUCAGACGAUUAUUGUGAUAUAAUUCGUGACGUUCUUUGAAUAUUUUUAAUGAUCACCCUUGCAUAUGUAAUGGAUAUUUCGCGAAACUGUUCAUGAUUAAUAAGCAUUUCAUUAGAAUGGACGCGUAAACGUAAUAUGAUCUUGUUGAAAACACGAUCUUUCGGAGAUGAAUCCUUACCAUUAUCUCUAUCUUUCCAUCCAGCCGUUCGAAUUUACGAAUAGGCAAUAAAAAAUGUUCCACUGUCUUCAAUCUAAAACAUCUUGACUAUUUUGUAUCAUGGUUCCAAAUGUUUCCCGAUUAUGGGUCGUGUCUGCCUAUAUAUUUUUCGUUGAUUUUUCAUACUUGGCCAGAAACCGAGAUUGCUUUAAUAGAACUAUUAAAAUCAUGAUUUUAUAUCGAUAAAUCGUUCAUUAUCUUCAUAAUUUUUCGUUCGUUCAAUUGAAUCGAAUUACGAUUCAACGUGAGAUCAAUUUGACUCAAAGAAAUACUAAAUGAAAAAUGUGAAAGAGAAAGAAGCUAUUUGAGCCUCGGGCGCGGCAACUAUUCUAUUCGUUAAAUCAAGAAAUAGGAAGAACUGUGGUUUCUCGCCACGUAUAUUGUAUCGGAGUAAUUUGUAUGAAAAUAUAUAUGUACGAUGAUUGAUCGUCGAUGUUGUCCGAACUUUUUUUUCUAGUCGUCCUCAUAUUCAUUCGCUAGGAUCCAAAAAGGAGGAUCCAUUUUUUAAGAAACGGGAACGUUCGUUUGAUACAAAGCGUAAUGCUUUACAAAAUUACGGAAGACACUUCCAGAUGAAAAUGGAUAAUAGUUAAAAUCGAUAAAAUCGAAUUUGGAAACUGAAUGAACGAACGUUUUCUAUUGGAAUUACGAUUAUUUGAAAAUUUAUUGGAAAUUGUAUAAAAUGAGAACGAAAUUUAUCUUGUCGGUCACAUGACGAAUCAUUUAAUUGCUCGUGCAUAAAAUAUGUUUACGUAAUAAUGGAUGAGAAUUGGGAAAUUAAAGAGAGAAAGAGGAAGAGAAGAGUUUUAUCAACUCGUAAAUAAGUACAUCCCCCCUUACUUCUUAAAAAAAAAAAAAAAAGACCCGUGUUUUCUCCCUAAUCCUUAAUGAAUUCGUUGUUACGUGUAUCUUAGAAAUAUGUUUAGCUGAAGACUUAAGAAAGAUUACUAUUGAUGCAGGCGCAAAAGUAAGAGUAAAAGAAGAAAGAGUAAUAUUAAAAGAGUAAUAUUCGAAUAAGCGCUAAUUAUGCGAGUAAAUGGAUAAUAACGCGUAUAAAAAAAAGAAAAAAAAAUAUACAGAAAAAUAUAAAACAAAAAAUAUGCGUGAUGUAAAUGAAUAAUAACACAGAAAUUUGUUAGGAAAUGAAAUUAAAUGUUGUCUGCCCCAUGAUUACUCUUGGUAUUAAAAAGUUGUGCUCUUGCGAGAACGAGCACAAAGAAUUUUUUUAAAUACUUAGACUAACGAGUAUUCACGAUAUAACUGCACAAUAAAAAAAGUAAAAUAAAAAAUAUAAGCCGACACACAUUGCGUACAAUGCAAUCAAACGAAAAGAUAUGGUUACUAUAUAAAAUACACGAACAAGUAUUGAUCGCCUGAGUCGUUUAGUUGUCAAAGCUAUUUAAGUAAGGAUCGUGGGGUGGACAUGUAGUAUAUAUGAUAUACAAAUAUAUAUAAAUAAAUAAAUAAAUAUAUAUGUAUAUUUAUAUAUUAUAUAAAUAUAUAUGUAUAUGAUAUAAAUAUAAUUCAUUGAAUUAAAAUGAUUGAAUGAUUGCGUGAAUGAUAACUGAUAAUGCAUUAAAAUAAAAAGGAAAAAUGACUCGUACGAUUAUAAAUGUGUUUUUAAAUUACAAAAAAAUAAAAUAAAUAUUUCAUUCUCAUUCUGUGAUGACUGUCUGAAUAUGAAAAGAAAAGAAGAAAUGUUUUCAUGAAUCUAUGCUGAUUAAUUAAUUAAAUUAUUAUAGCGAAUAAACAAUUCGACUCGUGUUGUACUAAUUGUGCAAAAGAAAUAAAAUGAAAUCACCUACAAGUGUGAAAAUAUGUGCGUCUCAUUCGCUCGUGUCGAUGAGAGACGCGUUAUGUUCGUAUAGCGUGUUAUAUAUGAAUCAUAUACACUAUUUAAACAAAAAAGGGAGAACACGUACGCUAUAUCUGAAUGCAGAGAACAAACAGUAUGAUUUGUAUACUGUAUAACUUUAGUCGUUUACUAUUGAUUUCGAGAAAUGUGUAUAAAUUAUUAUGUGUAAUUAAACAAAGAUCAUUUAGUAAAUUCUAAGAGUAUAUAAUAUAUAUAUAAUAUAUAUAUAUAUAUAUAUAUAUACAAACAUAUAGAUAUAUAUAUUAUACAAAAAACUGAAUCACAUGCGCGCGUGCGCGCACAUGCACAUAUACAAAUAAAAAACAUACCAAGAUAUUGUGAAAAUUACAAAAUCAACAGUACUGCAAGGCCAUUGUAUUAUACAUAUGUGUAACUAAAA